UCCCAAGCCAUCAUACAGAUCGAGUGCAGAAAAUGUCUGCCCGAGCCAAGCUUUUCCACACUACUCCCAAGAACCAUGUGUUCCGUCGUGUCAUCGUCUCGUCGCUCGUCCUGCUGCUGUCAUGCGCGGCGGCGAGCGGCGAGCAAACCCCGCACAAACCACUGGUCACCAAGCUCGCCAAGGACCCCAUCACCUCUCUCUACACCAUCACCAUCAAGGCCGACAAGUCGCCGCUCCUCCUCGACCUCGCCGGCUCGCUCGUCUGGUCGACGUGCCCGCCGCCGUCGUCAUCGCACAGCACUGUGGCAUGCCAGUCCGAUCCGUGCGGUGGCACGGCCAGCCAGCAGUGCUUACGCCGCUGCCCGCCGCCGUCGUCAUCGCACAGCACUGUGGCAUGCCAGUCCGGUCCGUGCCUGCGCGGCUGCGCCUGCAACUCGGUCACCCGCGAGUGCUCCACCGGCGGCCUCACGAGCUUCGCGAUGUCGGCCAACACCAGCGACGGCACCAUGGAGCUUCUCCCGGAAGAGUCGUUCGCCGUCGUCGGCGCGUGCGCGCCGGGCAGCCUGCUGAGGUCGCUCCCCGCGGGCGCCACCGGCGUCGCGGGGUUCUCCCGGCGCCCGCUCUCGCUGCCGUCGCAGCUCGCCUCCCAGCGCGGUUUCGGAGAUAAAUUUAAGACAAGAAUUUUGAGACGGAGGGAGUACAUCCCUGUCAAGGGCAUCUCCGUGUCGUGGCACGAGGCCGACGCUCCAGCGGCCUUGCUCCGCGGCGCGCUCGACCUCGACGCCGCCACCGGCCGCGGUGGCGUCGUGCUGAGCACCGCCAUGCCGUACAUGAUCAUGCGUCCCGACGUAUUCCGCGCGUUCGCCGAGGCGUUCGACGCCGCGAUUAGCAGGGGGGAGAAUUCGACGAGCAGGGUGAAGCGGGUGGUGCCGGCGCCGAAGCCGUUCGAGCUGUGCUACAAGGGCGGGUUCCCGAAGCUGAAGCGGCCGGUGAGGCGCGACGUGCCGCGCAUCAACCUGGAGCUGGGCGACGGCGCCACGGGGAACUGGACGCUGUUCAACGACAACUACAUGGUGCAGGUGGACGGGGCGAUGUGCUUGGCGAUCCUGCCGAUGGGGCCCGGUGGCAUGUCGGUGGAGGGCGGGCCGGCGGUGGUGAUCGGCGGGAAGCAGCUCGAGAAAAACCUGCCGGUGUUCGACCUGGAGAAACAGGUGCUCAGGUUCAGCAUGUCCAGUUGCAGAAGCACCAGUUUCUUUGGAAACUAAACAUUGCAACUCACUUCAAUUUCAGAACAGAACUUUCACUGUGCAAUUUGUAUGUGUAUCUUUUCUACUUUUCGAGCUAAUAAUUGGACCAUAUGUAUGUGCAA